CACAUACUGGAGGCAAAUGCUGCCCGUGCACUGCUCAGCCAGUACGCUACCCGAAAAUUUCCACCGCACAGGCUUUCCAGAAGAGCGGCACAAGAACGGCCGCUUCGUGCGGUGAUGCAGCAACCUACACCAAAGAAACCCUGAUCGCACUACAGGACACGACCGGCUGUCGGAUUGCUGGAUGGAAAACAGUGAUGUUGCAUGACAUGCCUCGGAAUAAAUUCUGAAUGAUUGAAGACAUCGGUUGGAGCGGUGACAAUAUGGCAGAUAGAAGGCAACUGUUUGUCGAGAUGAGGGCUCAAGAUUUGGAUUCCAUACGAUUAUCGACAUACAGAACAGCAUGCAAACUCAGAUUUCUGCAAAAGAGAUGCAAUUUGCAUUUGGUUGACAUUUGGAAUGUCAUCGAGGCUUUCCGAGAGAAUGGCAUCAACACCAUGGACCUCAACGCUGACCUCUCUGUGGCUCGUCUAGAAGUGGUACUGUCCACCAUUUUUUACCAGCUGAACAAGCGCAUGCCCACCACCCACCAGAUCAGCGUGGAGCAGUCCAUCAGCCUGCUGCUCAACUUCCUGCUGGCAGCCUAUGACCCGGAAGGCCAUGGCAAGAUAUCUGUCUUUGUUGUGAAGAUGGCCCUAGCAACCAUCUGUGGAGGGAAAAUACUCGAUAAAUUAAGAUACAUUUUUUCUCAGAUAUCAGAUUCUGCUGGAAUAAUGGUGCACUUGCAGUUUGACCAAUUUCUGAGGGAGGUUCUCAAAUUACCCAUGGCGGUUUUUGAGGGACCUUCUUUUGGUUACACCGAACAAGCUGCAAGAACAUGCUUUGCACAGCAGAAAAAGGUCUCCCUCAAUACAUUCCUCGAUACGUUGAUGUCAGACCCGCCUCCUCAGUGUCUGGUGUGGUUACCGCUCAUGCAUCGGCUCGCCAACGUGGAGAACGUCUUUCACCCGGUCGAGUGCUCCUACUGCCAUACUGAGAGUAUGAUGGGCUUCCGCUACCGCUGCCAGCAAUGUCAUAAUUACCAGCUCUGUCAGGACUGCUUCUGGAGGGGGCAUGCCAGCGGUUCCCAUAGCAACCAGCACCAAAUGAAGGAGUAUACAUCAUGGAAAUCCCCUGCUAAGAAGUUAUCCCAUGCCCUCAGUAAGUCACUGAGCUGUGCGUCCAGCAGAGAGCCUCUUCACCCCAUGUUUCCUGAAAUGCCUGAGAAACCUCUCAACCUAGCUCACAUUGUAGAUACGUGGCCACCGAGACCAGUGAACUUCACCAAUGACUACUCACUCUCCCACUCCAUGCCUACAUCAGGGAACCCUUACUCCACCAAAAACUUGCCUUACAGCAAGAAUAAUGAUGUUGAGCAAAGAAAGCUCUUGACUGGGGCUGCUCCACAUCUGUUGAAAGGCAGAGGGUUGAACUACAACCUUGAUGUUGCUGAUAGACUUGCUGACGAACAUGCUCUGAUUGGCCUCUAUGUGAAUCUACUCCAAAACAACCCCAAAACCUGUUUGCUGGAGAGCAGUAACCAUCAAGAUGAAGAGCACAGUCUCAUCGCCCGCUAUGCUGCUAGACUGGCUGCUGAUGCUGCGGCUCAACAGCAGAGGGUCCCCACAGACCUCCCCUGCUCUCUGGAUGCCAACAAACAGCAGAGGCAGCUCAUUGCCGAGCUCGAGAGCAAAAACAGAGAAAUCCUACAGGAAAUCCAGCGGCUGCGCCUUCAGCAUGAGGAGGCCUCCCAGCCACCACCUGACAAGGGUCAGCAGAACCCCACUCUGCUGGCUGAGCUACGACUUCUCAGGCAACGCAAAGAUGAGCUAGAACAAAGAAUGUCUACUCUGCAGGAGAGUCGCAGGGAACUCAUGGUGCAGCUGGAGCAGCUAAUGAUGCUUCUCAAGCUGGAGGAGGAAUGCAAACAAGGUACUCAGGGUCCCGGCUCUCCUCGCUCUUCCCCGAGCCACACCAUCAGCCGGCCGAUCCCCACACCAAUCCACUCGGACUCUGCCGGCACGACCCCGACUCACACACCUCAGGACUCACUCAUGGGCGUGGGAGGGGAUGUUCAGGAGGCCUUUGCUCAGGGUCCAAGGAGAAAUCUGAGAAAUGACUUACUCAUUGCUGCUGACUCCAUCACCAACACAAUGUCAUCACUGGUUAAGGAACUCAAUUCAGAGGGUGGAAGUGAGACUGAGAGCACUGUGGAUUCAGACUUUGGACGUGUUGACCUAUUGGCCACAACUUCUUCAGAUCCCUUCUUCACAUAUAAACCAAGAAGUGCCAGCGCUGCAGAGGCGGAGAGCUUUGAAAACGAUCUGGAGCAGCAGCUGGAGGACGAGCUCACGUUGGAGGAGCUUAUGAAGCACAGGCAGGACCCAGACAAAGCGUGCAUGGUGACGCUGCAGCAGUGACUGUGUUAGUCCAGGCAACUGGUGAGCAAUAUGAAAAGCAACAAUAGUAGAAGACACUGGAGGAGACAACACUGGGCUGACGUUACAGAGAACUGAAGAUACGAAGAAUUUAAGUUCCAACCACAGAAUACAUUUACGUAAAGAUAUAUUUUUUAACCAACCGCAUAUUUAAAGUUAUACUGUGAGCUGAUGUAAAGAGAUUAAUUGGUGAUGUGUCUAUUAUACCACAGGUGCCAUAAAAACCACAUAACUUUGGGGAAUUAUUUCUUAAUUUUUAGCCUUUUUACAUGAGUUGUCAAGCAAAUGUACAACUACACUGUUAGGGUGGCAAACUGAAACGUUUCUGAAAAUAAUGAGGUUAAAGUGUUGGACUUGAAGUUAUAGAUGAUAAAAUUUGCAAUAUUUUGUAAAUGUAUAACUCCGACAGAUUUUACCACUAUUCCAUAGAUUUCUUACUGUUGCUGUUGAGUGGCUUUUGUAUUGUUUUUUGACUUGGUUUUUUUGGAGCAGGCCGAUCAGAUAAGUUUGUUUUAUUUGAUACAUUAGUAAUCAUAAUGCACACUGCCUUAGCUGAUUGGAUGACCUCUCAGCAGAGCUUUUUCAAACUGUCAAUGCAGCAUGUAGCAAAACAGCAGCAAUGCUAGUUGCCUUCACUGGACAAAUGAGGCUAAGCUCAUUAAAUCUAAUGCUGAGAAGUGAUUUUAUCUGCAGAGGGAUUUGUUCUGCAAACGUAUGACGAUAUAUAAAUUGUUUAUUAAAUAUAAGCUAUAGAUGGAUUGGUUCUAAUAUCUGAAUGUGUUGGUGAAAACGAUGUAACACAGAGACUUCCAAAUCACUCAAAUUCAAAGGUUUACACUGGUAAGGGCAUUGAACAAAUUUUGUUUACUAAGUAGUUUAUGAAUUAAGGUUAGACCACGGAUCAUUUGCCAUUGUUCCAUGUGUUAGCGUCAGUGCUCUCACACACACACAUCUCUGUGUGACUUGCACACAAACAUACACACUCUUGAUGUAUUUUAUGAGUGUGCGUGAAACUUUACUCAGUCACUUUGGGAAAAGUGGCAAGCCAAUCUAAAAUCAUAAAUGUGUGAAAUAUAUCUAGUUUGAUUUUUGGGCAAGUUCAUAGCAGUGAUUUUGCAUGGUGGUGAUGCAUAAUAAAGUGUUGACACAAUAUCACAA